AUGUCUAUCACGGGGGCUGACAACCCAUCCCCCGUGGUUGUCAUCCUUUCUGAACCACCACCAUCGCAGCAGGCGUUUGUGCCGCAACCAACUUGUCCAAGACCAAAAACCGCCAGGAACACGCGAUUGAAAACUGCCAAACCAAAUCCGGCAAUUCAGGUUAUCCAUCCACCAAGCGACAAGCGUCCAGCAACUGCCAAAAAGGAGCCGACACCAAUCGCUUCAAAUGAUAUGAAUAAAAUCGUUGCUCAGCCAACCGGACCAAGACCACAAACAUCCGACAUUAAGUACGGACCACCACCACUACCACCACCGGUUAAUGUUAAAGAAGAUUCGGAUUUGGACACUGAGGACGUCAAAUGUACUCGAUGGGUAGGAUAUCGAAUUUUUGAACCCAUUUCUAUAAACCCAUUUCAAGCUCAAUUAUCUCGGUUCCUACGAAAGGUAUCAAAAUUAUGUGAACUGAUGAAAUGUUGGUGA